GCGACCGCGUCGAUCACAUGAUCACGCAAGACCGCGCAUAACAUUCCAACGAGGCGCACGCUGCUGCAUCGCUAAAUCAAGAUUUGAUAACGACGUUUGCGGCAACAAUUUUCCACGACCAUGGCUAAAGCAUUCUUAUUCAUUUUGGCGAUCCUGAUCUAUGGUCAGGCGAUUUUCGGACACCGCCACGAGACCCACGAACACCACCACCACGAGACACAUGAGCACCCGCGUGAUAUCACGACAGCGACACAACAGCACAUGCAGAAACCUUGGCAACGGGAACCGUAUUUGCAAUUACGACGAAAACUAUUGUUGGAUGAAAAGCGAGAAUCGCUGGGCGGUGAUUUAGAACUUAGUCCCAUCGAGUCCAAGGCCAAUGAUGUUCUAAUGAAGGCAAAAUGUCGAGAAAUCUACGACGGUUUUAUAACUGGCAACAGUUUUUUGCCGUCGUAUAAUUUUAUGGAAGUGAUACCAAAGAUUGAGAAGUCUGAGGUGUUCAAAAUAUUGCGCGACAUGCCUAAAGGUGCUGUUCUCCACGCUCACGAUUCUGCCAUGGCUUCGUUCGACUAUCGAUUUAACAAUUUAACUUAUCGCAAGAACUUGUACGUAUGUGAUAAGAAUGACACUGUGCAACUUAAGUUUUUUAAGAAGCCUGACAACAAUUGCCGCUGGAAAUUAUUGAGCGAUGUACGGAAAGAUCCGAUUCGGGCCAAAGAUAUUAACGAAAAGAUCAAGCGAUCAUUCACUAUGGUUACGGAAAAUCCCAAUAGCGUUUACAGUACCGUUGAUAAGGCAUGGGAGAAGUUUAAUCGCAUUUUCAGUUCCAUGGAUUAUUUAUCAUACCGACCGGUCCUUGAAGAUCUCUUUUAUCGCAAUCUACAGGAACUUUACGAGGACAACGUAAUGUACGCGGAAAUACGAUCGACGUUAUCAACAUUUGACGAUACGUAUGACGGCAAAUCGUACGGAACAUUCGAAAAAACACAAAUCCAGAAAGACGUCACCGAUAGGUUUGUGAAGGAUCAUCCUGAUUUCAUCGGCGCUAAAGUUAUAUAUGCGCCACAUCGUGGUGCAGACCAGAAUAGAUUAGACUAUUAUCUGAAAACAUUGACGCAGUUAAAGCAACGCUUCCCGGAUUUUAUAGUUGGUUUUGACUUGGUUGGCCAGGAGGAUAAAGGAAAACCCCUCAUCGAAUUUGCCGAUAAAUUAAAAAGCGUUGAUCCGAGCAUUCCGUUCUUUUUCCAUUCCGGUGAGACCAAUUGGAACGGAGAAUCUACCGAUUUAAAUCUCUUGGACGCUGUCAUGCUCAACACCAAACGCAUUGGCCACGGAUAUGCGUUAACCAAGCACCCGCUCGUAUGGAAGUUUGUGCAGCAGUUAAAUAUAGCGGUGGAAGUCUGUCCCAUUUCAAACCAGGUUCUCGGUCUUGUCGAGGACAUGCGAAAUCACCCUGCGGCUAGUUUAUUCGCAAAGGGAUCGCCAGUGGUAGUCUCCAACGAUGAUCCCGCACUUUGGGGUGCCAAGGGGUUGACCUAUGAUUUUUACGAGGCCUUUAUGGGUAUUAUGAGUGCCAAUUCAGAUCUCAGGAGUCUCAAGCAAUUAGCAAUGAAUUCUCUGAUCUACAGUAGUCUGAACGAUCGAGAGAAGAAGAAAGCGUUGAGCCAAUGGCAAGUGAAAUGGGAUGCCUUCGUGAGUAAACUGGCAAAAUCAGCCUAAUGACGACGAAUCGAAACAGCAAAUGCGAAAAGUCUAGCUCUUUUCGUGUUGAUAUGACCAAAAAUAAAAAAAUAUUUUCAACAAAACAGCAGGUGCCAUAUAAUUCGACAAUAUCUCAGAAGACAAUUUAGAGACUAAAACUAUUUAGAGACAAUUUUGAUCUAUUUUACAACUUUUCGCGUUCUUCCACAUUUUUAAUGAAAUAUCAAAACUAUAUAUGUAUAAUGGAAUUUUUAUCUUAUAGGCUUCUUAUCUAAGAAUUUGAUAUGUGAAUUGCUAUGUGCCUCAUUAAAUUUUUUA